CGGGCUCUUUCGCUUGUCCGCCCCCCUCUCACCCUCCCUCACCCGACCUCCCCUCCGUCCCUCCCUCUAGUCCCCUCAACCGCCUGCCAUCGUCCGGCCCCAAUGUCAAGAAAUCCCGUACUCCGCUCUUUUUCCGCUGCCACUCCGGUGAAGUUUAGUUUUUCCACUGCGACUCAAGGGCAGCGCGCCGGUGAAUCAACAAGGCCCAACGGGAGAGGGGAAUAGGAGAACUACAUUACCCAUGAUACAUGGCACUUAGAGGAUACUUGCCCCUAUUUCCCACAGUGCACCGGUAAGCAGGCACGGCGGGGUGAGCAUCAGCUUUACGGUUCCCACAGAGCGCCGAGUUCAUAGGGAAAGGAACUACAUUUCCCAUAAGGCCCAGCAGAUGGGUAGAUGGAGCAGGAAGUCGUUGGGAAGCGUCUCCCUUCGCGAUGGAUUUUGAUGACAGACCGGAGACCAGAGAGCGGAAUGUUUGUCUUGGACCGGUGAGGUGACUGGCAGGCUAGCUCUUAAAGGAGCCGCAGCCUUUAUUUGGGUUGGGCGCGGAGUCUGCCUGCUGCUCCUUCAGGAGGCAGAAAUAAGGAAGGAGGUGCGCUGAAGAUGGGGACGUGGCUGUCGCCUUGCAGGAGGGCAGCGAUGUCUGAUCUGUCGUUGGUUCUUCCCGUACAGGAUUAAGAUUCCUAGUGAUUCACUGACAACCUAAGAAGAUCAAGCUACCAUUCCAUAAGUUAAUUUAAAUUGAGAAGCAUUUGAUAUUAUCCAAGAGAGAAACAAUAGAAUAGUUCCAGUACCAUUUGAUAGAUGCUAGCAACUAGUAUGUUUUGGAGAAAAAUCAGACAAGGAACUAACACUACAUUGCUAAUUCAGAGGAAUUUAAAAUUGAACAGAAAAGAGCAUGCCAUGUUGAACCUCUGCUGUCUUCAGGCUUCUGGGGAUUUGAGUUCAUAUUCAAUUCAGUGGCUCCAAAGUAUAGUACAGUUGACAGCUAAUUUUUAUUAAUCUUACACCACAUGCGUAUCUAAAAUGCAACAAGCAUACCACAGAGAGUUUGGGAUAACUUUUGAGGGCUUUUCUGCAAUUGGUAAUAAAAGCUGGACAAUGAAAGUACCUGGAUGCAUUUUCUUAUGGGUGUUGGCUUCAUUGCUGUGCAGUCAUCUAGUAACGUCUGCAGAACAUGAGGAUAUAGUAAAGCAUGCAAUAAAGCUACAUCGUGGGAAAGGGGCUAUCACAACUCAGAGGAAGCAGUGGCUUGUAGAAAAUUGCAGAAAGCUUUCUGGUCUCCUACGUCAAAAGAACGUUGUUCUCAACAAACUUAAAAGUGCAAUCAGAGCAGUGGAAAAGAACUCCGGGCUGUCACUUGAAGAGAGAACUUUUCAGGUCCACACAUUUGAAAUUUUCCAAAAGGAGCUGAACGAAAGUGAGAAUUCAGUCUUUCAAGCUAUCCAUGGACUCCAAAGAGCUCUUCAAGGUGAUUAUAAAGAUGUUGUGAACAUGAAAGAAAGCAGUCGGCAACGACUGGAAGCCCUGAGAGAAGCUGCAAUAAAGGAAGAAACAGAAUACGUUGAACUCCUAGCAGCAGAAAAGCACCAAGUUGAAGCCCUGAAAAACAUGCAGCAUCAGAACAAGAGCCUGUCCAUUCUUGAUGAGAUUCUUGAAGAUGUUAGAAAAGCAGCUGAUAGGCUGGAAGAGGAGAUAGGAGAGCAUGCCUUUGAUGACAACAAGUCAGUGAGAGGAGUUAAUUUUGAAGCUGUUCUAAGAGUGGAAGAGGACGAAACAGACACAAAAAGAAAUAUUUCAAAAAGAGAAGUAGAAGACGAUUUGGGUCUAAGCAUGCUUAUCGACUCCCAAAACAACCAGUACAUACUUACAAAGCCCAGAGACUCAACCAUUCCACGUGCUGAUCACCAUUUUAUCAAGGACAUUGUGACCAUAGGAAUGUUAUCUUUGCCGUGUGGCUGGUUGUGCACAACAAUUGGAUUGCCUAUUAUGUUUGGGUACAUUAUUUGUGGAGUUCUUUUGGGACCAUCAGGAAUAAACAGCAUUAAGUCAAUUGUGCAGAUUGAGACGUUGGGAGAAUUUGGUGUAUUCUUCACCUUGUUCCUGGUUGGCCUAGAGUUUUCUCCUGAAAGAUUAAGAAAGGUGUGGAAGAUAUCAUUGCAAGGACCCUGUUAUAUGACUCUGCUGAUGAUUGCAUUUGGCUUACUGUGGGGACACUUCUUACAAAUCAGAGCUACUCAGAGUGUUUUCAUUGCCACUUGUUUAUCAUUGUCAAGCACACCAUUAGUAUCCAGAUUUCUAGCAGGGAGUUCUCGAGGAGAAAAAGAAGGUGAUAUUGAUUAUAGCGGCGUUCUCCUUGGAAUGUUGAUAAUGCAGGAUGUACAGCUUGGCUUGUUUAUAGCAAUCAUGCCAACGCUUAUUCAGGCUGGAGUUGGCACACAUUCCAGCAUUAUCAAGGAAAUAUUGAGAAUAUUGACACUGAUUGGACAAAUUCUCCUUUCUCUGGCUGCUGUCUUCUUCGUAUGUCUUGUUUUAAAGACUUAUCUAAUAGGACCCUACUACCGCAAACUUCAUAUGGAAAGCAAAGGAAAUAAAGAAAUCCUGGUUCUAGGAAUAUCUGCUUUUAUAUUUUUUAUGUUAAUGAUUACAGAACUAUUAGAUGUUUCAAUGGAACUGGGAUGCUUUCUAGCAGGAGCACUUAUUUCUUCUCAGAGUCACAUGGUUACUGAAGAGAUCAUAUCUUGCAUUGAACCAAUACGUGACUUCCUUGCCAUCAUAUUCUUUGCAUCAAUAGGUCUUCAUGUUUUUCCUACGUUUGUAAUCUACGAACUUACAGUCCUGCUGUUCCUUACACUUUCAGUCGUAAUAAUGAAGUUUUUCCUGGCAGUAGUUGUCCUGUCUCUGAUACUUCCAAAGAGCAGCCAAUACAUCAAAUGGAUUGUAUCUGCAGGUUUGGCUCAAGUCAGUGAAUUUUCUUUUGUCUUGGGAAGUAGAGCACGCAGAGCAGGGAUAAUUUCUCGAGAGGUCUACCUCCUGAUAUUGAGUGUCACUACUCUAAGCCUGUUGCUUGCACCGGCAUUGUGGAGAGCUGCAAUUAUGAAGUGUGUACCAAGGCCAGAAAGACGGCUGAGCUCAUGAAGAUGUUAUUACAAAAGCUUCCGUGCAGUACCUGCCUACAUGGUUGUUUAAUUUCUUACACAGAAAACAAAGUUUUAUGUUUUUGUAUUUAGUUAGGAGUACACUGAUGAAACAAAAUGCAACAUUUUUCACGAAACAAAUUCUUGUUUUGAAAUAUGGAAUAAUAUUUCUGUUAAAUUGGUUAUGCAAAAUUGGAUUUUUCUUUUUAAAAAGCAAUCUGUAACACUAAUCAUUGACUACUGUGCCUUUUUUAACAUUAUUUGCAUUCACUGCAGAGAACUGUGUAUUUUAUGGUACCUGUGGUAUCGUUAUGGAACUUUUGAGUACAUUUUUCUAGUCUAAUGUCAGCCACAAAACAUGUAUUUUCUGUGGUAUAUAAAGUUUAAUUAUUUAUUUCAAAAGUAAUGUUGAAAACUGUUAAAUCUAAGGAUUUAAAAUUCCUAAAGAAUGGUAUUUCCUCUGAUUUGUCCAUUUUACUGUCUUGUACUUACUGUAACUUUGAUUUCAUACUAUAAUUGUUGAUUGAUAAAUAAUUUAUUGAGAUUGGAAAUGGACCUGUUUUAUUGAUAUCAUUGAGAAUUUCUUAUUUUAUGUUAAUUGUUUGAGACCAAAGUUCAGUAGAAAUUGAAUGUUUUCCUGGAAGUGGGGAAAGUGUAUUUGGGUUUUGUCUUUUUUCCAGAUGGGUAAUUCAGAAAAUAACUUGAGUGUUUUCAAAAACACUCCAGAUGGGUAAGAAAAUAACUUGAGCAUUUUCAAAAACUUCACAACUCAGAAAAUACAUUUUCAGAGAAAAUAAAAAUAAGUGUUCAGCUAAUACACUCUUUCAAUUCUAACUUAAAAUGUAACUAUAAAUGGCUAUUGUUAUCCUUUUUGCAAAAAUGCAUUGGUAUAGACAGCUUUCUCUGUCAUCUGAACAAUUUUAGCAAUGCUUGCUGAAAUCUACAGCUAUAGAACUUCAGUAUUAGAAACUGAAGCCUCUUUGUAGCUGAAAUUGAUGGACUGAUGACUAAGCAACAGUUUUAAAAAAUUAACUAGAAGGAAAUCGUUUUAUAUCCUGUUGAGGACUCCUGACAAUUCCUCUAGAGUCAAUCUUUACUCUUAAAUUUUUUUGCAUCACCAUACUAAGAACUUUUACCUCAGAAUUUUGUUCAAUUUAACAAAUUAUCCCUCAUGAUAUUGUAAAGGUGGCUCAUGUUGCUUUCCUAUUUUAAUUUUUGAAAUGAUUUAUAUUUGUAUGUAAUUCUCAAUUAUAUCACAUCUAAAUAAAACCUUUGUAUCCUACCUUUCUGUUGAUUAGACAACAAUUAAAAAAGAUAGUAGCAAUCAACUUUAGAAAAGUACACAUAUAUGUACUGGUAUAAAACUAGCAAUUA